ACUUCGAACCGAAGUGAGGACCGCACAUUUCCGAGCCAACGUUGAGUGUGCUAAGAGCUCCAAUGUUUGUAAACGGUGUUGAAGUUAUCAAUACGCGGUUGGAAUCAUUUACAUUGAAAGAUCGAGAAGGAAACGAAAUGCAUUCAAAUUCUGAAAAAUCACCAAUACCAAAGGCUAGACUGCCGCUACUACACCUAACACCUUCCGGCAGCACCGAGAAGAGAGAGGCAACUCCCCCACAAAGAAUAGACAACCCCUGGCUUCUCAGAGUACAGAAUAAUAUUCCCAACACGCCCCCACCACGCGAUGACAAGCCGAACAACUUCUUCCCCCACCGAAUUGGAUAGAAACAAUAAAUCAUAAAAUUGGUCAAAGUAAUGCAAAAUGGCAGUUUGCCAUUUUUAAAUAAGGAACACGAAAAGAAGAUUUUGACACUGGUAAAGAAAAUUUAUGAUUACGUUUGUGAUGUUCAUAAAAUCGAGGUGCUUGGAGAUUCUUUGUUUAGAAUUAAUUCUCUUUUAGACUUUCGUUUUAGUAUUAUAGUUUAUGUCAUAUUAUUUUAGAGUGACAUAUAUUUCAAUGAAAAUACAAUUUUGUAAAGCACAGACAGUUUAGUAAUUUUAAAUUCACUUUAAAUAUUUGUAAAUAGUGAUUUUGUCCAGUAGUCUUAAGAAAAAGAAAAUGUAUAUUAAGGAAUAACAGUUAGUUAGUAUUAUUGUAGUUUUAAUGGAAUCUCACUGUUAACAGUUUAUUAGAAAUAAUUCAUCGUAAAGAAGACAAUAAAUAUAAUUUUAAAUA